UUAAAAAUUAUCUAAAAUUAAUAACUAAAAAAAACUGGGGAGAAAAAAGCACAAAUGCGUUGAUAUACAAUUCUCUGAUAUAUUAUUUCAUGGUUAUGUGAUAUAUGUUUAUCUCUGUUAUUUAACUUAACCUGACUUAACCUGAAAUUCAAGUCACAAAGAAAUUCUUGAUUAUUUUUUAAAAAAUUUCAAAAUAAAGUUAUAAUAUAAUUUUAUUUUUAAUAUAUUCAAUGCAGAACUGAAGUAUGAAAGAACGAUACAAAUAAAUCUAUAAAGACAUUGAAUGUGUGAUUUUUGUAUUCGAAAUAUUGUCAAUAUGAUAAAUUGUGUCAGAAUUUUUUAUGUUAAAAUAUAAUUUGUAAUAAAUAUUUUAAAAAAGUGGUUAUUCUUGAAGUUUUGUUAAAAAAUAUUUGCCUGCUCUGUUUCUGAAUAUACAUAUUAUAAAUAUAAAUAAAAAAGAUUAGGAUGAACAAAACUCCGGUUUCAAUUUUACAAGAAAUGAUGAUGAAGGAGAAAUGUGUACCAAAUUAUGAAUUAAUUUUCGAUGGUGGAGGUACUCAUGACAAUACAUUUACUUAUCAAGUUACUUGUGAUGGAUUUAUGGCAAUUGGUACAGGACGAUGUAAAAAAGAUGCUAAACAUGAAGCUGCCAAAGAAAUGUUGGAAAAAAUUGCUGCUCAUCGAGCAUAUCCACAAUUACAAGAAUCACCUGCACCAUCGCCUGCGAGAAGACCAUUGCUUACUGAAACUACAGUUUCGCCUAAACGUCCCUCAAAUUUACCCUUUUUAAAUGCCAUUGGAGCCUUGGCUCAAUUGUGCGUUGAUAAUAAUCUUCAACAGCCGGAAUAUAAGGAAGUUGAUGAUGUUGGUCCACCGCAUGCGAGAGUAUUUACAAUCUCUUGUAUUGUUUCAUCAUUUCAAGAAGAGGGUAUUGCUACAACAAAAAAGCAAGCAAAACACGAGGCCGCAAGGAAAAUGUUAGAAAAAAUUCAAAUAGUUGUUGAAGAUUUACGUGAUUCAGGUGAAAUUGAUAUAAGAUGUGAUGAUGCAAAAUUAUUAGAAACAAAUGCCAAUGAAUUAGCACUUGAAAAAUAUUCCACAUUAACGAAACUACCACAAAAGAAAAUUAAUUUAGGUGUUAAAUUAGAUGAUUAUCAUAGACAUUUGAAAAAAUCCUACGACGAAGAAACACGUUGUGAAAUAUUAAAAGAAUUAAAAAGUUUAGAUGAAUUAAUUAAAACGUGCAAUUGCGAUGUUACGGAAGAAUUUGUAAAUGAAUUGAAAGUGAAAUUUAUCGAAUUUUUGAAACCCCUUUAUUUGACAUAUUGUUCUGUGGAAUUGGAUACAAAUUCAAAAACAGAAUAUGCCGUUGCUGUGGAAAUAUCGACAAAUCCUGAUAUUGUUGGUAUUGGAAUUGCUGAUUUUACAUAUAAAGCAGAAAGAAAUGCUAUAUAUCAAAUUAUUAAUAAUUUAAUAUGCUUGUUUUCGUAAAUUAUUAAUUUGAUAAUGUUUUACAUAUAAAUAGUUUUAAAUGUAUGAUAAAAUUGUACAAUUAUAAUUUAUUAUUAUCAACGAAUGAAAUGAAUUUAUAUAUCAAGCUAGAAUUUAGAAUUUAUAAUAACUAUAUAAAAAUAAAUUAUAAAACUAUAUUUCUAUAAAUACUAUUUCUAAUUUAUUGUUUUAAAUAUACCAUUGUUUAAUUAUUAUUCUUUUUUACAAGAAAAAUAGAAAUAUUUUUUUAUUUUCCCUAAAAUUGUACAGAUUUAUGAAAAUAUAAAUUUGAAUUUCGCACAA